AUGUCCAAUAAUUUUAAUAUACCUAUGCAGAUGGUUUCUAAACGUAAAAAAACUCUCGUUUUUAAGCCUUUGGAAAAAAUGCCUCUAAAUUCGACCGAACAUAUAAAAGUCAGAUCUGAGAAUAUGUUGAGUAAUGCCUCAUACAAUUCAAGGAUCAACAAAAACAAUAACCACAGACAGCCAAGUUUCAACGUGGAAAAGAAUCAAAGUCCUUUCAUGUCUGGUCAAAUGAUUAGACCUCAUCUGGAGUCUGAACAAAAGAUGUAUCCCGGUAUACCUGUGCAGUCUAAUCUAAAUGCUCCACCAACAACUCAGUUGGAUUUUUACGGAACCAAACGUUCAAAUAAAUUAUUCGAUCCAGUAAGCAGAAAAACAGUGGAUUACAACGAGUGUAAUGAAUACAACAACAACAACCUGGGUCAUCAAAGUCUACAAAGCCACAAAUUUCAACGUUCGCACCAACCCAAUUGCCAUCCAAAAAAAGAAGCUCAGCUGUACAACCACAGCAAAAACGCAUGGAAACCUGUAGAUAAGCAAGAGGAGAAGAAGAAUUUCGGCGGUCAGUUGGCAGCACCUGGCAGGCCGGCAUACAAAGGCAAUACGGUAAAUAAUUGUGGCCAUUCCUCGACUGGAUGUCAUGCGACAAAAAUUCAGCAACUCUAUGCGACACAUUUUCGUCCUGCAGCGAAACAGCAGUCUGAACACGCUGCAACACAGCAGCAACAUUUUGAAAAUUUUUACCAGGGCAAUCAGACAAUGAGCCAGCAACAUCACCAAGUUGUGCCACCGAUGACUCAAGACAUGUUGAAUCAUCUGCAGCAGCAACUCCAGCAACAGCCACUCAAACAUGACAAACAUCGCAAAACGACCAAGCAAAACUUAACGGAGACGCCGACAGAUAAAAAUUCAAACGCCACUGAUGGGAAAAAAGUUAACGAUGAAAAUGAAAAAAACAAAAAGUUGAUGAAAAUCUUUCAACAAAUUUUUGACAAAUAUGAAGAUAAGAAAGCCGAAGUGAAGAAUGAUUUGUUGAAUGAAUUUAAAGCAACUCUGUGCAUCGACACAAUUGAGAGCAAAUCAUCGUCAUCAUCCUCUUCUUCAUCAUCAACAUCUUCGGCAGCAUCUGACGAGACUUCCAACACGUCAUCGAACGACAGCUCGUCGAGUAGAUCUCUUAAAGGAAAAGAAAUGAAGAAGAAAAAUGGAACUAAGUCAAAAAAACACGAACGCACUCACUCAAAGAGCCACCACUUCUUUAAAGGAAGUAGUAAAAAACACAGCGACCAAGAGCAGCAAUUACUUCAUCUGCUCGCCGACGAAGACCCAAAACCGUGCGUACGCUACAGAAAACUGAGCGAGGUAAACGCGGAAGAGGCGAAACCAUCCCAACAACCCAAUCGGGAUAAGCUUAAACCUGACCUGAGUAGUCCAGACAGCUUGCAGUGGAACAAAGCGACCAUCAAAAAACUGAAGAGAGCUGUUGACGAUCUGUUUGACAAAAUUUUGGAUGAGGACUCCGGACGGAAUGUGGAAAAUGGCAAGAAGGAUCAAACAUUUCAGUCGCACUCUAGGAAGAACACCAACUUGAACAACAACAACAACAACAACAACCUUCUUAAAAAUAAUAAAAACAACAACUGCAGCAGCAACAACAACGACAAUUCUAACAAUAACAAUAAUUGCGAGAAAGUAAGUGCAACUGAUGAAAGUAAAAAUGAUGAUGAUGACGAUGAAGAUGACGUUGAUGAUGACGUGCACAAAUAUGAUGACAAACACAAAAAAAUUGAAAGAAAAGAUGAUUCAUCCAAGAGGCAAGAUAUCGCCAGUCCUCGCGUCCAAAUCUUAACUCCUAAAAACCAAAACAACAGCAACAACAACAACAAUAACAGCAACAAUAAUAAUGGAAGCAACAACGUUGACAACAUUUACGACAUCAUCAACAACCACAUCAUCAUCAGCAACAGCAACAAAUGCCAACAUGAAAAAACAAUCGCCGACAAGAACACUGAAGAAAAUAGAUGCGAUCCAAAAUAUAGGAACGGCUCAUGCAGAAGAAGAAGCGAAAGUCUGAAACGACAGCAAAAGCAACAACAUCACGGUCAUCAUCAACAUCUUCACACUCAUCCUAAUCAGCAGCAGCAGCAGCAGCAACUUCAACAACAAAAACUAAACCGAGAAUUGUUUCCAAUCGCAGAUGAGGUAGGCGAUAAAAGUAAUGCCACCCUUCCAGACUGCCUGACUGAUGACGCUUACUCGGAAAGCCCAAAAAAUUUUAUAAUUUUCGACCGCAGUGGCUUGUACGAUGGAGGCAUGCUUAGGCGUUAUUUGGAACAAUGA